UUUGAUUUUGUUUCUACAAUUUUCAUUCUCGUGCGUCGUUUUUUCAGCAAUUGGCGAAAUUUGCACGCGCUUCCUAACAAUAAAUCCAACAUUAACAACGCGAGUUUUCAUUUAAAAGAGUUGAUUGCAACUUACGCGUUAUAUUUAGCACUUGGAAAUUACAAAUAAUAAACAAAGCAACCGCAAAAAUGGUGGAUAAAAUUGAAAUGAGUUUGGAUGAUAUCAUUAAGUCGACGCGUACACAGAAGAAACCGCAGGGCAGCACCCGCGGUGGACCAGGCGGAGCACGUCGCUCAGGCGGCCAGCAGCGAUUUGCUGCCGGCGCUGGGCCACGUCGUGGCGGCGGAUCCCCACGUAAACCGGCACCAGCCAGCGGCGCCGGUGGCGUGCUCAAAGGUCGUCGUGGUGGCGCCGGCGGUGGCGGUGUUAUUCAGAAGCCUCGGCUCGCACGGGGCGAUGUGAACAGCGCUUGGAAGCAUGAUAUGUACGAUGGUCCAAAGCGAAAUGGAGGCGCUGCUGGAAGCAGUGCUGGCCCAACACGGUUGAUUGUUGGUAAUUUGGACUAUGGCGUCUCAAAUACGGACAUCAAGGAGCUCUUCAAUGACUUCGGACCCAUGAAGAAGGCAGCCGUGCAUUACGAUCGUUCUGGUCGCUCAUUGGGCACUGCUGAUGUCAUCUUUGAGCGUAGAUCCGAUGCUCUGAAGGCCAUCAAGCAAUACCAUGGAGUGCCAUUGGAUGGUCGCCCCAUGACCAUACAACUUGCCGUCUCUGAUGUUGCAGCUCUCACGCGUCCCCUUCCCGCCGAUGAUGUGAAGCGUCGCGUCGGUUCAGGGCCACAAUUCAAGCGUGGUGGUGGCCAAGCUGGCGGCGCACCUCGUCGUGGCAGUUUUAAGCGUCCAGCUGGUGGCAAACCUGCACCUGGAGCUGGCGGAGCAGGCGGACAGCGUCGUGAACGAAAAGCUCCACCAACUGCCGAGGAACUCGAUGCCGAAUUGGACUCAUACAUUAAUGACAUGAAAUUAGUCUAAUUAUUAGCUAUAGUUUGAAUUUAGCCUAACAACAACAACAAACAAACAAACAACAAAUAUGGACUUAUUACGGGUUCAGCUUUAACGACGCGGAACCAAGAAAUAAUUCAACGAAACAAACGACUUGAGAGCAGAGAAGAGAAACAGCUUUUAGUCAUAAUUUCUUUACCUUCUAAUAAUUAAUUUUCACAUAAAUUAUGUAAAACACAAAAAAAAUGCUGUUUGGAUGGAGCGUAGCGAACGCAUUAAAUAGCGAGUUGUUAAAUGUUUUUUGAUGUAACGCCCGCUCCACCGCCCCUCUAGUUUCUAAGAUAUCCAAACUAAAAAUAAUACAGAUUGAUGUAUUUAUUCGUAAAUAUAAUUUGACAUAAUCGUCACGAUAAUUAUUAAUUCAGGUGUAAUAAAUGAUAGACUUAAAAUAUCGUAACUAAGAACUCAAAAUAUCUCAAUAAUUCAUAAUUUCAUUUACGCACAAAUCUUUUUGAUCUAAGAUCGUGCGUGUAUCGAUCGCUGCAAUUUGAUCGCCAAUUAAAGUUUAUACCUUUUUUGGUACAAGACAUCCAAGAAACGACUUUUAAUUAUUCUACGAACGAAUUUCAUGUGGAAUAAAAAAGACAGUAUUGUUCUUUGUAUUAAAUGUUAAAUUUAUUUUGUCGCAAUACACUUACGUAAUUAGAAAAUAAUUUUAGACAAAUUUUACAGACCAUUGUUACAAGUUUGGAUUGGACAUUUAAGUACAGAUUCAAAAUGUGAAUGGUAAAUUUGUUAAAUACGUUUUCGUUUUUUAAUUUGUAUGUUUUAUUAGGGCGGAAUCGCACUUAAUGUUUAAACAAUUGCGUUAGACGUUUUAUAAAAUAGUUAUGCAUAGAAUAGAAACACAAAAAUCAUAAAUCAAAUGCAAAAAUCAGAAAGAGAGCAGAAAAAAGGCGAAUAUAGUAUAUAGUCAAUGAAUGUCAGCAAUAAAAUUGGAUAAUUAAUUCGCAUUCAUUAUCAACUUUUGUUUUCAACGGUUUGAACAUUUUGUAGCCAAUUUUGGAAUAUGAAUAUGAAUGUUGUAUAGGCUAAAUAUUGUAUAUAUAUGUAAUAGUUUAAGCGAUUUAUAUUUAUAAAUGUAUUUAAUGGUGUUGAGGAUGUCUUGGCUUGUGUGUGUAUGUGAGUGUGUGUUUGUUUGUGUGAGAGUGUCAUUAAAUGCGUGUGGCAGCCACACAACUACAGCUACCCCAUCCAUCCAUCCUCCCAUCCUGCUUCGUCUACCAGAAGCCACCCGAUGAGUAACCGCCGGGAGGAACACGACCACGCGCCUGAUCUGACGCUCCUUUGUUGCCAUUGCUGCUCUCUUUGGGCUGGCUAGCUGCAGGCUUUUGUUCCUCCUUUGGGGCGGCAGCUACCUCAUCCCGCAGCUUCUCCACCACCUGAUUGGCAUCCGUGGAACCCAUGCAGGCAUUCAGAUUGGAAGAGUUCUGUUGAUUGUAUUUGGGACGCGGGGCAUUCACGGCGACUUCGGGUUCCGAGAAGAUGUUGGUGUGUCCGCCACCUGGAGGCUUCAGGACGCGGCUGGAGGGACGAGAGCUGGUGUUGAGGCCAAUUUUCAGUUCGGUGGAAGUCAUUGUAGUUGCUUAUAAA